GUCUAACUACCAGUAUGAGGACGAGUCUACCAACAAGAGAAGAAAAAGAGGAUCUAUAUUCUUUAGGAAGAAGAAGGACAAGCCUAAGAAGAGCUCCCAUCAGUUCGUGUCUGUCUGCUACAGUAACUCAGCCACCUGUGACGUGUGUAGCAAGCCUAUGACCAACAAGCCGGCCCUUCGCUGUGAGACGUGUCAGGUGUGUGUGCACGAGAACUCUUGCAAGGAUCAGAUCUCGGACUGCUCCAAGCUCAAGAACCCCAAGCACAUCCAGCUGGCGGCAGGACUCACAACUCUGGUCAUUCAGAAGCCAGGAGGCACUGUAGGACUGACGACCACCACCAAGAGUGCCAGCCUUGGGUCAUACGUUGGGUCAGGUACGAGCACCACCUCAGGGUCAUCAUCCAAGUCCCAACAGGCAGCAGUAGCCAGGUCGAGGUCCUCAGCGGCCCAUUCCUCGUCACCCACCCGACCCACCAGCGUGUCGUCACCAAGUGGCUGCGUGUCCUGGCCCGCACGGCCUGCUAAUCCCCCGGCCCGCCCCAACAGUGGCUGUGUGUCCAGCCCCGUCCGUAGACUGUCCGGCUUCUCCCAGUGGAAGCGAGUGGCUACCAAGUUGGGAGUCAACAAGGUGCAGAGCGAGGAGAAGGAGGCAGAGUUGCUUCCUCAUGAUGUCGCAGACGCCAAUAUCUUGGAGGUCAAUUCUGCUUCUAUGGAAUCUUUGGAUGAUGGUGGAAAUGAAGAGCCAAGUCUAGAUGAUAUUGAUGCUGAUCCCGAGUUAAGAUUAUUGGACAAGGAACCUGAGCUUUGGGUCCACACCGUUGACAAGGAAAUUAUUGAGAAAUUGACGGAAAAGCAAGUGAAGAAGCAAGAGCACAUCUAUGAACUUAUCAUAACAGAAAAACAUCACUGUCGUAUGCUCAAAGUUAUGCAGAAGGUAUUUGCAGAAGGAAUGUCUCGUGAGCUUAAUAUGCAAGAGUCAAGAAUUAAAAGAAUUUUCCCCUGUUUGGAUGAACUUAUAACAAUACAUUGCUCAUUUCUUUGGCGGUUGCGACAGAGACAGAGAGGCAACAAGUAUAUUGAAACAAUUGGGGAUCUUUUAAUAGACCAGUUCAUGGGUGAUAAUGCACAGGGACUUAAGGAUGCUUAUGGACAAUUCUGCUCACAACACCAAGAUGCUGUCUCUUACUAUAAGGACAUGCUCAAAACUGACCGAAGAUUUCAAGGUUUUAUCAGACAAAAGUCUUCACAUCCUCUUAUGAAGAAGAAGGGAAUUCCAGAAUGUAUAUUGUUUGUAACCCACAGAGUAACCAAAUACCCUUUAAUGCUUGAAGCACUAAUGAAAUACAGUAAAGACCAAGAAGAGGAAUUAGUCACAUUGAAAAAGGCCCUCGACCUGGUGAAGGAAAUUCUUGUAAAUAUCAAUGCUCAAGUAGCUGAGAAGGAGAGAGAACAAAGAUUAUUAGAAAUUUACCAUAAAAUUGAUGCAAAAUCUUCUGCAAUAUACAAAGAUCACAAAUUCAAGAAAUCUGACUUCUUUUCUAGAAGUAGAAAGCUCAAGUUCGAAGGCUCAGCUAUGUUGAGUCAACAAAAAGGAAAGCCAAUAAUGGUGCAAGUAGUGGUUCUGUCAGAUUUAGUGUUCUUUCUAUUGGAAAACAACCAAAAAUACUCCUUCUUUUCUCCUGACACUAAGCAAGCCGGUGUUAUCCCCCUAGGGAAACUUAUAGUACGGGAAAAGGCUGGCGAAGGGUCAAAGGUCAUCUACCUCAUCUACUCCAAAAAUUCUGCAGAAAUGUUUGAGUUUGAAUGUGCUCACCCCAAGGAUAAGAAGAUAUGGCUAGAAUCUAUAAGAGAAGCCAUUGAGAACUGCCCAGAUGAGGAUGAUAUGGGUGACAACUCGGGUGAAUGUUCCAAAUUGCAUGAGGCCAACAGUGAAAAAAUCAGGGAGCUGACUGGUAUCCUACAACACAAAGAUAAAGAUCUGGCAAGAUUAUGCGAAGACAAAAUGGGUGUAGUGACAGAACUUUUAGAAUUAUUAGGACAUGACGAGCUCCCACCUACCACUCAAUACCGAGCUCUACUGGACGAACAGCAUUUAGAUCAUAAUGCUGCCCGGGAUCUCCAAAUAAAUUCACUGACUGAAGCCCUAAGAUUAGUAACUGGUGCUUGCGGGUGGGGCACAAACCUUGCGCGUUCAGUUAGUUCCGUUGGAGAACAUCAGAGUGAAGCCUAUGUGUCCCCUAGUUUACCUAAACGUGCAGAAACUUUUGGGGGUUUUGAUAAUCCAAACAAAGAUGCCUCUGGACAUUCUGCAAAACAAUCAGGUGGUAAGAAGAAGAAGGAUAGCCGUCUGUCACUCACAUCAACUGGCACUGCUGAAAGUGAGAUCAUAGAGAGCCUCAAGAACCGUCGCCCCUCUGGCAGUACACUUGCAGUUCGUUCUUCCCAGGAUAAUCUGAGUAUUGUUUCGUCUCUAUCAGGAGAUUCCAUUAGCCAGCAGCAACAACAGGAUGUGGCAGCUAAACUCAUAAAUUGGCUGCAUAUAUCCUUGGUGCUGAGUCAACAUCAUCUUACACAGUAUGAUUUAUUGAGAUCAAAAGUGGUAGUUGGUGGUGCAUCAGUAGAUGGUCGUUUCCGGCAUUCUCAGAAACUGGAGGAACUGCGCAACAUUCAAGAACAAAUCAGUCAUGAACGAGCACAAUGGACUAAAGAAAGAGAUGCUCAAGAAAAAUGGAUUUCUGAAAAGAAAUUAGAAAUCCAGAAAAAGCAGGAUCAGUUACGUUGUGAACAACAAGAUAUUCAGCAACAGCGUGAAACUUUAUACCGGAAGUUGGAAGCCCUGAAGGCCCAGGGCAUCAUCCUUAGUCCCACCCUAACUGUGCUUAACACUACUCCACCUACCCACAUCAUCCAUGAUGAACAUCACAUAGGUACUGUGGGUGGGUGUACAAGUGAUGGUGGGCAGAUGACUCAGGGAUCCCCACAUAAUUCACCAACAAGCACAGCAGCCCCAACACGCCCACGUACUGACCACAAGCACCGUAAUUCCACAGCUUCCCUUGGAAACCUCAUCAAGCGUGAUUCCAAUCAGUCUUUACCCACACACCUCAUUUCAGCUGCAAAUCAGCAGAAAGCAUCUAUAUCAGUGAAGCAACAGCUGCCCAUGAAGUUAGCAAAGCUUGGUAGCAGUAGUAGCUCAGGCUCUUCAUCAAGUAGUGCCGGAGGCGCAUCCUCCCCAAAUCAAGAUCAUCGACCUCACAUAAGUACAGCAACUAGCGGUGGUGUACAACAAAUGUUACCCCUAAAACUAAGUCAAGGACCUGGAGAGAGUAAAGGCUCUCGGAUGACUGUGGGGUACCAGCGCCUAGCAUCUCCUCCACCUUCCCUUCAGGAGCCUUCUCCUGGUCAUUCACACCAACGCACAGGUUCAUCCCCAGCAACACUACAGAAUGGGUCUCCGGCCACAAGUCCUGGGGCACCCUCAUCCACUGCCACCACCCAGGGUGCCCGUGCUACCCGCACUAACACUUACCCUAAGCUGCCCAGCAAACCUUCUGUGCCCACCACACGUGCCAACACCACCCCAGAGGCACAACAGGAAGGGUCUGGUGUAGGCUCAAGCACACGCCCUGGCCAGCGUAUUAAAGACCCUGACACUGACCAGGACAUCAUAUUCUUCUAAGAGCUUCUCUCUAGUUAGCUUUUCUAGGGUUCAUAUUGGUUCAGUGGUAUGACGAUUCAGCUUUUUUUAUCAGCAGAAUUGUUAUACUUCUGUCAACCGUGAUUAGUAUCUGUCCCUGUGAUUAAGGCAUUCCUUCCUUUAUACACACCACCACUGUUACAUGACCCUUAGUGUUUAUUAUAUUAUUAUUGCUAAGUGUAUGCUGUGAGUCUGGGACUUGUACAUAGACACGUACACACCCACACACUGUCUUCCGGCUACUGGUACACAUCACUGGUGGGAGCCUGUACUUUCGUGUGAUAGGUGCACCCUGAAUUAUCCCUUGGCAGAUGCUGCUUAGCAUGUAUUGAUGUGCAAGGUCGAUGGUUCAAUAGUCAUACUAAGCUAUGAUAGUUACUUUUUUAUAUGAAUACAGAAUGAAAGAGAAGCAAAUGAUGUAAAAAGUUCAAUAUGUUUGACCUGAAUGGCUAUUUUUACAUAUAUGUAUGAGAGAUAUGACUGGUUGCACAUUCCUGUGGCCUUUACUGCCCCCCCUACCCCCUGCGUAGGGAAGGGAGCAGCCUCAAGGGGAGAGAGGCUGCUCGGCUUCCAAAAUGCAUUCUUGUGCAGGCUGCCUCGGGUAGUGUGAAUACAGCUAUGCUGUACAUUUUUAAUUCUGACCAUUUUAAUUUUUAUUUUAUAUAUAUUUUAUAUAAAUUAUUAGGGUUUUAAUUUAGGUAGAAUAUAUUUAAUGAUAACUCCAUGUAGCCAGGAUGACAGUGUGUACAUUCCAAAGAAUAAUGAUUUCCAUGUUGUAAUUGCUGUAUGUUAGCCCAGAUGGAAUAUAGGGUAUCCUAAUAUCUAACAUGUAUCUAGAAUUCAUUGUUCUCCUAAAGCUCAAUGUGUAUCAGCCGAAACUUCCAGGCACGGUUGACAAAAAACUAGGUUUGAAACUGUGUAUAGCCAGUGUAAUGCUAUGUUAAGAUGGGGUUUAACUUGUUGUGCUGAAUGUUUAGGUCAGUGUACAGUGUAAUUAAUUAUGACCAGCACAAACAACAUUCCUAGGGGUCAUUUUUGUGCAUUUGAUAAGGACCUAACUUUGAUAAUAUGUACAGAUAUUUAUGCAGUGAAAUGUGAGAGUAGAUGAUUUGCAUCACUUAUUGCUUCAUCUCUGUUGAUAAUAUGAUCCUUGGCAAAGGAACUGUGUUGAGUUACUAUCAGUCCAUAAUUGUGACAUUAUCAGCAAAAGUGAGCUUUAGCAACUUAUUAAUUUUGUAGGUCACUUAAAUAAGCCAUAAUUUACUAUCCUCAACUUUUGGAACAUCAGGCUUCUUUAAGUAUUAACAAGCUGAAUUUUGCUGAUGUGUUGCAUUAUAGUACCUCGGCUUAACCUGAUGGAAGCAAGAAAAAUCAAGGUUGCUGUUACCUUCCUCUUUGUUACUUUUAUAAAGAGAGUUUUGCCACAACACUACCCAUAAGGCUACUUUUACUUUCAAUUGGAUCAACAAUGGGCAUUGGAUGAAAAUUGUAUGUGGCUCCUUUUCUCAUUCACAAUACAGAAAAUGAGCCAUAUUAAAUGUCUGUCCAAUCCUCAGGUUUCCAGCUCAUGUUCAUAUUUGGUCUUCCAUUCCACUGUGCUGAAUAUGCUUCACAAGGCAGUCUGUGGCCACAUUCUGAAACCGUAGUAGUAGAUUAUUUCAUGAUUCUCAUAAGUUAUAUGGCAUUCUUUUUUUGUUAGAGCCAUUAUCAUUUCCUACCAUUUCUCACUAAAGGGUACCUAUAGUAGUUGAGAAACAAUGUAGCUAGUCUGAAGCCAAGAAUAGCAGUGUGUAUCUCUGUAAUUCUUUGUUCAUACAAUUUUUAAGUGAAGUCAGAAUAAGUCUCAUUCUCUAUUUAUAAAAAAAAAAACUUAUGUUGAUUAUACAGUCAUUUAUGAUUGUUCAGUUUUAACCAUUACCUUUAUUUUGAAAAGGUUAAUGAACUUUUCCUGAAAUUUGUUGUAGGCUCUUUAUGAAUAAUCUGUCUAUUGUUAUUGAAGGUAACUUUUCUCACAGGUAGGUAUCAAACUAUCUGUAACUUUAUUAUCUAGCUACCUAAUAAAUAAUAUGGCAACUCUCUCAACACUUAAAGCAAAUAAGGGAUCAGCUUCCCAGUUUAUCAAAAAGAACAUUCCAUAGCUUACAGAGAGUGCUCCAGAAACGUCACACUAGAAUUGACCACUGUUCUGUCCACUAGAAUAGCGUCCUUUGUUCCGGGGGGAAAUAUAACUUCUCUUUUAUCUUAUUGUUCUCUAAUCUCCGUAGCCAAUACCCAUCCCUCUAUGUAAACCAAAGUUGCAGUUUUCCUGUUGAAUUCUCACUGGCAUAGACAUUGUCAGUCAUAUAAUCCUCAAGAACUAACUUGGUGCUUGAAUAGUAUAUGGGAAAACGGUGCAACUUUCAGGUCACAAAGGGGACCAUCUGGAACCAGUCAGCGUAAGUUAAACUCUAGUGUGUCAUUUUUGAUAGCAUCAUAUUCAAUCAUAACUAGGCAUCAGUGAAGCCUGGAGUCAGUUUGGCAGCAUGUGAUAUUAUAAUAUCAGUGGACAAGACUCAGUCAAGAUAUCUAGAGAUUGAUCUGAUAUGUAAAAGCCUUUGCUCUUGAGCAAAAGCAUUUUAAUACAUUAUUUUGUGAAUAGAAGUCCAAGGAAUAAACUGUUUAUCAUGUUA